AUGAAGUGAAACAUUUGGACCCAACAUAAACGUGAAAAUACAAAUUCAAGUGACGAGUUCUUGAAUACCAAGAGACAGUUAUAAAAAAAAAUUCAAGGUUAUACAGGCAAAAAUUGUUUUUCAUGAUUCAAAUUUAAACUAAUUAGAAGUUAUUAAGCAUACAACCAAUUUGUUUGUUGAUGUUUUUUUUCUGAUUUCUGUUGACACAAAGCAGGUGAAAAAUCCUCAAGUCCACCAUCAAAUAACCCUAGGGCAGUGACAGCACCAAAGAAGAGGUUGGUGGCUAUUGCAAUCACUGGAAAAAGUGUUGAUAGGGUCAUUUUUUUUUAAUCCACCUGAUUGUAGUGGUUUUGGCCCUCACCUUCCCAUACCCAGAAAAAUAUUUAUAGUUUUCUCUCACUAACUCAGUAGUUGAGCAUUAUUUGUGAGGAAAGAAGGGUCUUCUUAAAUUUAGAUGAGAACUAAGGAAUUUAUAGAACAAGUGUUCAGGUGAUUUUUAUUUCCAAAUGUACCUUAGCAGCAAUAAUGUCUUCUUUUCUUUUGCUAAAAAAAACUUCCUAGAUAACCCUGAUUGCAAACUGCACAAACUAACAAAAUCCAUUAGAGCACAUACUAACUGAAUUUUAAGUUCACUGUUGUUACUGUUGUAGACAUUUGUGGUCAUAAAUUGGUGUCAUUUUUUUAAACUUGGUAGUCUGUAAGAUUUAGAGAGCUUUACAUUCACAAUUAAUUUAUUAUGUAAGGAGUAAGGAUUUUUUUUUUUGGCAAUAAAAACUCAUUUUAUCUUCUAUUUGAUUUUUCUGAAAGAUCCAUGGUCCCUAUGACAAAAGAGGAGUAUGAAAAACAACAGGCCCAAGUUAGGAGGGUUUAUGACCCAGAAACAGGUCGUCACAGGUAAAGAUAUUCUACAGAUAAUUUCAAAAUAUUAGUUUAGUGUUUAAUAUAAAGACUGCAAAACAGCUGACUUCCCAAAAUGGAAUCUACUGUAAUAGGUUUACACAUCUGUUACUUGCAGUGUUGUUGAAAACAAAUUUAUGUUGAGGCAGAUUGGCAGCCAGACAGACAGACUGACAGACAGCCAGACUGACUGACAGAUAGACUGACAGACUGAAAGGCAGACAGAAUGACAGACAGAGAGACAGACAGACAAGACAUAUGAGAGACUUUGCUCAUCUAUAACUACCGUUCUAUAUGAAUCAUUCACAGGGAAAUUUCUCCCAAUCAAAUGACACCAUUUGCCUCUGUGGAGCGCUGUCUUUAAAUCAAGAUAUGCCAAUUUUGUUUAGAAUUGUUUUGCUGCAUGUGUGACAAAGGUAAUUAUCUCAUGAAUGGUAACUUUUAUUGCAUGAUAAAACACUGCAAAAAAGUUUUUUUUUUCCUUUUGCACAGGCUAAUCAAAGGGACUGGUGAGGUUUUAGAAGAGAUUGUCAGUAGAGAGAGACAUAAAGCAAUAAACAAGGUAAAUUGUCUUUGAAAAUCUUAUGGGCUCAGGGUAAACAGGUAAUUGUUAGCUAAUAAAUAACCAAGAUAUGCUCCACAUUAAAAUCUGCUCUUGUUUUUGUUGUGUGAUUUCAGACUGCGACUCAAGGUGAUGGUGCAUUUUUCCAAGCAAACCUUGGUCUUGGGGACAAAUGAAUUUUAAAAGAUCACCUGUAAUACAACACAUAGACAAAAAGAUACAACACAAUUCCAAAAUCACAAACUUUACCUGAUGGACUUCAAAUAAACGACUUUGAGCUCAACAUUUAAAUCAGUCUCAUCAAGAGACAAAUUUCUUCUCCUUUGUAUGAAAGAACCAAACACUUCAUGAAAACUGAAGUUGAUUGGGAAGAAGAAAUUUAGACACACUGCAUUUUUGUGGAGCAGAGUUCAGGGGAUCUUUGCCAGAGUGAAAAAAAAAAGCUUCUGAGAGCUUGACAAUUGAAGAAACUCACUCAAUGACUCUGGAUUCACCAGCAAUUUUAUUGCUUAGUAUUAAAUUAAAAAAAUAAAAGUUAUC